AUGGUCGUGGUUGCUGUUGUGUCCGUUUUCAGUUUAAUAUCCUUGAUCUCAAAUGAGAGAACAGUUUUUAUAAACAUAAAGGAUUCUGCAGAGUCCACGAAACACAACUAUGAAAAGCCUAUAGAGAAAACAGAAGAGGAAAAACUAGACUCGAAGCCUCAGCAUGCAAAGACGUUAAGGACGAAAUCUCCAAAACCUCAGCAUGCGGAGGUGUUAAAGAUAAAAUAUCCAGAGGAACCGGCGCCUACAAUUAUAGAGGAUAUUCUUUUGUCCAGCUCAAAGCCUCCGCCAGGAAGAACAAUAUUUUUUAUUGAGAGUAGUUGCUACCGUUCAGAUUCCCAGUACAAUAUGAGUAGUAUUAAAGCGCAUCAGGCUUGUCCCAUUGAAUCGGCCGCCUUGCAUAAUCCAAAUUUCCAAGUAUUUGUUUUGUUUGCCUGCCUCACCCACCGUAAUGAAUCAACGCCCAUCAUUGAUGCCAUCAUAAGCUACAAAAAUGUGCACUUUCGGUCGCUAAAUCUGGAUCGCUAUGCACAGGAUACGCCCAUCGGGGAUUGGGUCAAGAAAGGUGAUCUAUUUACAUCAAGUUAUCUGAUGUAUCACCUUUCCGACCUACUUCGAUUGAUAACACUAUAUCGCUUUGGCGGCGUCUACCUGGACAUGGACGUCUUGCAGUUACGCAGCUUGGAGGAUGAGCCACUAAACUUUGCAGGUGCUGAGAGAUCAGAUAGCAUUGGCAAUAGUGUUAUAAGUUUGGAGCCCAACGGCUUUGGCCAUCAGCUUGGCGAAUUAUUUCUGCAGGACUUUCAAAAGAAUUAUAUGGGGCACGUGUGGGCCCACAAUGGACCCAUGGUGCUAGUGCGCGUAUUGUCAGAGAUUUGUGGUACGAAAAAUGUUACCCUCAUGGAGAAUAAUCGGGAACGCUGUCAGGGCUUUAGAGUGUUCGAUAUUAACGCAUUUUUCGAGGUGAGAUUUGACGAGUGCAUACUGUUUUUCGAGCCGGAGAACGCGACUGAAACUCUGGCCCGCACUAAGAACUCGCGAAUGGUGCAUACAUGGAAUCACAUAAUCACAAGGUGGCCCCUUAAGAUUGAUUCAAAGGCCCCCUAUAUGCAUUGGGCGGCACAACAUUGUCCAAGGGUCGUUGCGGCCACUGGAGAGCUGUUCUAUUAA